CUGAUCGGUUUGAUUAUACUCGCUAAAACUCUUAUCAUCGGGCUUCCGGACAUUGGUCAUCCUUCAGAAACCUCUUCAUCCCUUGCCUCACUGAGCUCUCGCUGGCUUUGAGACUGCAGCUGAUCAAGCGUCAUACAGAUGGAACCAAUCAAGCAGGACCAGUCGGACUUGAACGAGUUGGAAAAUCAAAGCCAGUUCAUCAAGGGAACGCUUCCGACCGGUCGAUCGUCAGCUGUCAGUCGUCUAGCAAUCCUUCAACUGUCAUCCAUCCACUCUAGUGGAGGGUCGUAUUUGCGCAUUAGACUGAGUGUGUCCACUUCUUCCGGCUCUAGGGAUCUAUCGAUCAAUCGAUUCCUAAAUCUCAAGAACAGAUCAUUGCUGGAGAGAAACCAAACUCAGACGCACUCGCCGUGGAGAAUGACAGCACAUCUCAACAAGAUACAAGAACAGGAAAACAACCUCAGUGGUGGCCUUCAUUGGUUCAAUGGAAUAAGAGGGAAUCUACGAGCCGAUACAAACGAAUGGUGAUCCACUUAUUAUUUGUGCUUGUCUUGUUGGGAUGGUGGAUAUCAGGGCUUGUGUUAAGGAGGACGAGACACAAAUGGGUGGUAACGACCUUUUGGACUUGGUUGAUCUUGCUGAUAAUUAUUUUUCGAUGGGUACCGACAAAAUAUGUCGCCAGGCCAAUCGGAAAUACUUACAUGACCUUGAUUGGAAACCCAAUCAUGAGGUUUACAAACCCAAGGGCCCGAUUGUCGAUCGGAUGGUUGAUCUUACUCGGAUUGUGGUUCGCCAGCAUAUUUGGGAUCAAAUUGGGUCAAGGAAACAGUUAUGCAGAUAGGGUGAGAUCGUUAGCUGGUGUGAUGAUAUUCCAGCUCGGCUUUUGGGCCUCAUCUAAAAACAGGAGGCUGAUUCGUUGGAGGACUGUCAUAGUCGGAUUGAUUCUUCAACAGGUUUUAGCGCUGGUGGUACUGAAAUCCAAGGCCGGGUAUGAUUUCUUCAACUGGAUUGCAAAAGCAGCAACGGAUAUUCUAGACCAGGGUACCAAAGCUGGCGGAUUUUUCUUUUCGCCUCAAGUAGUCGAAAAUCAUUGGUUUUUUGUAAACACGCUAUCUGCGAUAAUCUUCUUCAUAGCGCUUGUUCAACUUCUCUACUAUUUCGGGAUCAUGCAAGCUGUUAUGGUGAAAUUUGCCUGGGUGUUUUAUACCUUGAUGGGUGUUAGUGGCGUUGAAGCUGUGGUUGCAGCCGCUUCACCAUUUGUUGGGCAGGGGGAAAGCGUUAUUCUGAUCCGGCCGUUCGCCUCACGAAUGACUGCCGCUGAGAUUCAUCAGGUCAUGGCCUCAGGAUUUUCGACGAUAGCAGGAUCUGUUUUAACAGCAUAUGUGGCCAUGGGGAUCCCAGCCGUCUAUCUCAUCAGCGCAUCAAUCAUGAGUAUCCCAGCUUCCUUAGCAAUCAGUAAGCUGAGAUUCCCGGAAGACAGUCAGCCUCUCACCGCCGGAGAAGUUACCAUCCCCGAAGACGAGGAAACCGAUCGCAAAGACACUAAUGCACUGAUGACGUUUUCGGAUGGCGCUUGGCUUGGUCUUAGAGUGGCUGGAAUGAUACUUGCCAAUCUUCUGACAAUUCUUGCACUCUUGUAUACCGUCGAUGGCCUGUUGACAUGGAUUGGACAAUUUUGGGGAAUGGAUCCGAAUGGCACGCACCCGCUGACCCUUGAAUUAAUUCUGCAAUACAUACUUUAUCCAGUUGCUUGGCUCAUGGGGACACCCAAACAAGAUGUUUUAAAAGUCUCGAGACUUCUGGCUUUAAAAUUGAUCACAAAUGAAUUUGUUGCUUACCAAGAGUUAUCCAAGUUGCGACCCGAUAUGACUGAGAGAGGAAUAUUGAUUGCAAUAUACGGUUUGUGUGGAUUUGCAAAUCUAGGAAGCAUGGGAAUCCAAAUUGGAGUGUUGAAUAGUCUAGUGCCUUCGAAAAAACAAGUCAUCAGUAGGGUUGCAAUCUCUGCUUUACUAUGCGGAUUUUUUUCCACAAUUCAGACGGCUGCUAUCGCCGGGAUGAUUUUUUAAAUUCAUUUGAAUUGCAAAGCGUUGAUCGCAUUCGUUUUUUUUUGGAAAGAUUUUGUACAACAUCUUCCUGAGGAAGAAAUUUGCAACCUCGGAGUUUAAGCCUCGCUGGCCUGUCAAAUAUAUUCAUGUGAUUGAGUUCAAAGUGGUCCAGGAAUAAACUUCAUUGUAAUACUAAUGACAAAGAAAAGAAAGAGAAUCAAUCGAAAAAACGCGGUUUGAGAAAAGCUGAUCAUUGAAGCUCAAACGGCUUGGACUCGGAGCCAAAAAAAAAUAAAUAAUAGGUGCUUGGAUUGCCAAAACAAGAAGAA